CUUCAUUGGACGAUGUCAUGGCCAACAGAAAGGUAACACGCCGAGGCCCUGUACCAUUGAAUACACCUUCGCCGGUGCGACCAACGAUAAAUGUCGAGGAAUGGGAAGCAAGAGCACCCUUGAGCGAAGUCGAGAUCAGAAGUGUUGGCAUCAUAAAGGCUGCCAGUGAGAGACCGCCUCUACCUCACAAGUUUUGUGCCGAUGAGAAGUUUCCUUCGCGGCCGUCGACGCCCAAGAACAAAUUAUUCCUUCCAAGUUCCCGACCAAGUACACCCAAUUCGUCACGACUUGCCUUGUCGACCCAUGCAUUACACCCCAAACAGCCCAUACAGACACCACAACAGUUCUACGACUGGUUUACCCUUAUUGACCGUUCCGUUGCCCAUAGCCAGGAGGCCCAUUUUCGGGCACACGUCGCCAGCGUCUCGGAGCACCUGAAUACAUGCGACAAACUAAUUAGCCACGUUGAUGAAAUCGACAAAGAAGUGGAUGGAAUGCAGCAGGGCUGGCGUGGUGUCGAGGAAGGCGGCAGGAGUCUGAAAGAUGCUUGUGAACGGCUACUAGAAGAACGAGAUCGACUUCUAACGUUAACGGAUGACAUUGGCGCGCGUCUCGAAUAUUUCCAGGAGCUUGAGCAUGCCACAAAAAUGCUCAAUCAUCCCGGGGAGUCACUUGUACUUCAGGCAGACUUCUUGUAUAUGGUAGAACGGGUCGACGUCUGUAUUGACUAUCUCAAGGCCCAUCGUCAUUUCCGGGAAGCCGAGGUCUAUCUACUUCGCUUUCAACAAUGUAUGACACGCGCCAUGACGCUCAUCAAGAUGUAUUUCGUAGGAUCUUUGCGCGCAUUAUCAGCAGACAUUUCGAAGCGGUUGUCAGAGAAGGACGUUUCAUCGACGGCUCAGAUGCAUCUGCUUUACACGCGUUUCCGAAGUAUUUCGCCCCAGUUAGCUCCUCUCCUUGGAGAGUUGGAACGUCGCGCAUAUGCCCACAAGGACGAACUUUCAUCCUUGCUAUCAGAAUGUCACAGCGCAUACUUCAGUGCGCGCAAAGCACUCUUGGUGGCUCGUCUAAUAGAAGAGAUCAAAGGACUAGACCCCACCCGUACGGAGCUAGUAGAAUUGGCGCGUAGUACUCGAUCGGGAUGCAGUUAUCUAAAACAGCUAUGUAUGGAUGAAUUCAAUCUGUUCAGGGAGUUCUUCAACUCGGGAGAAAACCAGCUAUACCAGUAUCUAGAAAACCUUUGCGACUACCUUUAUGAUGACCUUCGGCCUCGAAUUUUGCAUGAGCCCAGACUCACGGCUUUAUGUGAAGUAUGCACAGUCUUACAGGCACUCAUGGUGCUUGACAUUCCUGAUCUGUCGGAGGAUGAGGGCGAUGAGGAUGACGAACUCAAUUUGGACCUUGGGAGGCCGAGGAAGAAACAUGGUCUCAGCCGGCUGCAUGUCAGCCAGCUUCUGCAGAUGGUCCUUCAGGAUGCUCAGACUCGACUAUUCUUCAAAGCACAAUCUGUGAUUCAGUCAGAUAUCCGAUACUACGUGCUGAAACCAGAGGACCUGGCUUAUCCUGAUAAGCUUUUAGAUGCAAGAAAGCCAGCCUCGGUAUCAGAUAUAAAAGAAAAGGAAAGUAUCAGCCAAAUAUUUAAGACACCAUCGCUGGAUAAACAGGACACCUGGUUUCCUACACUGCAGAAGACCGUCUGGGUCCUGUCGCAACUUCAUGACUUUGUAAAGCCGGCCAUCUUCGAAGAUAUCGCACAAGAAGCUCUCAGUCUGUGUCGACAGUCCCUCGUUACAGCUUCUGAGGCGCUGAAACUCCAGAACCCUCCUACCAGCCGUCUUGAUGGACAGCUUUUUCUUAUCCGUCAUCUUCUCAUUAUGAAGGAAAUUACAAAUAAUCUGGAUCUCGUACAGAGAGAUUAUGAUCCCAGCAUCAACUUUGCUGGUGUUACCGACACGUUGUCGUCUUUGCUGAAUAAAACCACUGCUUUUCUCCCAGAUGCCUUAUUCUCGACUUUGGGCAUGCCGCGGGGUGAUGGCAGUAUUAGAGGUGCAAAACAUGGGAUCGAUCACGAACUACGACGAGCAUGCAGAGAGGCCAUAUCGGAGUGUGUCGAUUCAUUAUGCGCGCCACUCCAUGCGUGGGUAGACCGCGUCGAUGAGUUCAACACCGCUUGGCGGACAAAGGAUGCUGCUAACGCCCCUUUGAUUACACAAGAAUGGGCGACACAAACUGCUGCGGAAGAACUAAACGACAAUUUUCGAGCUGUGUGCGAGCGAGACUUGAAUGCCAACAUUGUCCGUUUGAAGCUCUAUCUGGAAGAUGACAGAACGGUCAACGUUUUGAUUCGACUCGUGCAGGACCAGGUCCUGGAGGAGUAUGAUUCCUUUAGGGAUCUCGCGUGGAAUAUGUAUACCAGCGCAUUGAGGCAGAACCUGCUGUCGUCGGCGGAUUUACGGGAGAUGCUGGAGAGUAUUUGUGGUGGAGAAAGGGACGGGCCUUCGACUAAUCCAUAAUCGUUGCGUCUCUGACCUUCCCAGCUAAUUUAUUUACGAGUCUGUCGCAAAUCCUUUCUUUUUUAUUCAACGAAAAAAUGGCAACACAACCCUUAAAGCUUAAAGCUUGGCCCCC